AUGGCAGUUAUGACAGAAGUAACCCCGGUCGAAUACGUUGGAAUCGCGGUCGGCCUCAUGAGCGCCAUCUUUGGUGUGUCCAGCAUCCUCGGCACAGUUUUGGGCGGCAUCAUUGUCAGUUCAACAUCAUGGCGUUGGGUCUUUUUCCUAAAUCUCCCACCCGGCAUUACGAGUUUAAUUGUCGUCAUUUUUAUCUUUCCCGUAAAUUCUGAACCGCUUCCAAUUACUUGGCGCACCAUCAAGGGCAUCGACUUCUUCGGAGUGACGCUCUUUCUCAUCGGAUGCGUUCCGCUCAUUUUUGCCCUCGAGUCGGGUGGAAUGCACUACGAGUGGAACGACGCGCCCAUAAUUGUGUCAUUUACGCUCGGAGGCAUCGGUCUGAUCAGCUUUGCAAUGUGGCAGUGGUAUAUUUCCAAGCGGUUUCAAAACAACUAUCUGUUGCCCCUAGUUCCAGCAUCUCUUGUGUCCCAACGGACAACCGGAUUCUCCAUGCUGGCUGCGUUCUUUACCGGCUUCCCUUUUAUGGCAACCAUCAUCUUCCUGCCACAGCGGCUACAACUUCAAAACGGCCUAACUCCCAUAAGGGCCGGUAUCGACAUGCUUCCCCUGCUACUGCUCUCAGCUACAGGUGCCGCAGUCUGUGGCAUGGUAGCCGCAAGAUCCAAGAUAGGAGGCAUGGCUUGGUAUUUAUUAGUUGGCAGUCUUCCUCUACAAAUGUUUGGUCUCGGACUUAUGUCCACAUUACCCAAGUCUGCUGGUCCCGUGCCUGCACAGCAAUAUGUUUUCCAGGUCUUUCUUGGACUCGGAUUCGGUAUUGCUCUAAGUAGUUUGGCGAUCGUGGCUAGACUGGAGGUUAGCAAAGAUGAUAUCAGUGUAGUAAUGGGUGCCAUCACUCAGGUCAGAGUCCUAGGUGGCCUAGUUGGUAUUGCGAUUGGACAAGCCGUCAUAUCUAGCCGAAUUACAUCCGAAUUAGGGCCUGUACUGGGGCCAGAUAGGCUUGCCGCGAUUCUGCAAUCCAUCACCGCAAUCCAAAUGUUUCCAUCAGACCUUGCCAACCUAGUAAGAGAGUCGUACGGACAGUCGUUUUCGUUGCAGCAUAAAGUAAUGAUUGGAUUUGCGGCUGCGGCUCUUCUAUCCUGCCUGGCCGCAUGGAAACAUAACUUCGAAAAUAUGCAAGAACUGGAGAAGAAGCGUGUUGAGAGAGAAAUGCAGAGUAGCUGCACCGGUCUUUCACCUAUGGUUGAGGUGCCGGCGCGAUUAGAGGGUGAUAUUAGAGAUUCUGGGUACGAAUUGACAGACCGAGGUAUUCAUGGAAGGAUAAACCAGUAG